ACCUAAGACCAACUUUUCCCCACUGCCACUGUCUGCUAUUCAUUCGCCCAUCUUUCUGUACUGCAUUCCUGCUAUCCAUAAACAACAAAUGGCUGCUGCAGCGACCAUUACCAAGGCCUCAAAGGCCAAAACCACCACGAAGGCUAAGACUCCUACGAAGAAGGCAGCCGCCUCCAAGUCCAAGCUCGCUGCCUCUACUUCUAAAGACGAGGCUAACCCACCUGGUCAUCCUUCUUGGAAAGAGAUCAUCAAGGAAUGCAUCGCUGCACAUUCUAAGGAAUCUCGAUCAGGAGUGUCCCGUCCCACUAUUAAGAAGUUCGCCGAGGAGACAUACAAUAUUGAGAUGACUGGACAACAAUUGUCUCAGCUCCGUCGUGCUAUCGCCAAGGGUGAGGAAGAAGGCAUUUUCGCCUUGCCCAAGGGACCCUCUGGCAAAGUGAAGCUUGCACCUAAGAACAAACCUUUGACAUCUAAGGAGAAUGCCUAUCCUGAAGAGGAAGUCAAGAAGUCAGCUAAGGAAGAGGUUCCUGUCCCGAAGAAGAAGCCAGUCUCUAAGGCUGCUGCAAAGCCGGCCCCCAAGAAAUCUGAGGCUGCUCCGAAGAAGAAGGCCCCCUCCAAGCCGAAGGCAGAGGCCAAACCGAAGAAGACUACAUCUGCUAAGACCGAGAAGAAGAAGACUGCUGCAAAGGCUGCCGUGACCAAAGCUGCAAAGACCAAGGCCACUAAGGCUAAGGCAGCGCCAAAGCCGAAGCCAGCCUCGAAGAAGGCUGUUGCUGCAGAUGCAGAUACCGAUGCUUGAGUUUCUUUCCUUACGUGCCUUUCGGACUUGUCUGGGUUUCUCGAGGUUUCUGCUUCCGUCUACUAGUUUACUUAUUCUCCGCUUGUGUUGUUGGUCCAUAAGAUGUAUUUCUAUCUAUCGUACUGUACAAUUUGAUGAUUUGCCUUGCUCGC